AUGCCGUAUGUGCAAACAUUACUUGAGAAAGAGUACGGCAAUAUAGUGUUAAAGGAUUACGACUGUAAUGUUGUAGUAGCUGAAAAGGCUGCUCUAUAUUGUCGCAAUAUGGCACUUUAUGGGGAAACAAAUGAAAAUGAAAUUACAUGUAACGAAAUUGAAAUGAGCGGAGUGGAUGAUACUAACAAGAAGGUGAUGGUACCAAUUAUUGAAAAGGGAACAAAAAUUCCAUUCAGAAACACGUUCCCCGUUUUUCCCAUUAGAAAUGACGUGAUUGUCGAAUUGUAUGAAAACAAAAAGAAAAUCGGCGUGUUCGUUAUUGAUAACAUUCAGAAAAAGACCAAUAAUGAGUUGUUCGAAUGCGAAGUUAAAAUUAAUACAUUUUGGUAUUUUUGGAGGUAA